AUGGCUGAGAUUGCACGGAGCUCUAGAGAGCAGGGAGGCCCAUUGAAAGACCAGUGCAGUACCAUUGAGAAGUUAACCAAAAUGAAUCCUAUGACGUUCUCAAGAGGAGCCGAUCCGGUAGUGGCCGAAAACUGGAUGCAAGAGAUCGAUAAAAUACUGAUGGUGCUCCACUGUACGGAUGAACAGAGGGUUCUCUCUGCUACCUAUAAAUUGACAGAAAUCUUCUUUGAUCAUUAUUUUCCUGCCACUGUCAGAGAGGCUAAGGUAGCAGGAUUUCUAAAAUUGACUCAGGGAAAUCUCAUGGUCCAACAGUAUGUGGCAAAGUUCAUUGAGGAUUCACGUUUUGCCCCUUAUGUCGUCCCAAAUGAGGUUAAAAAGGCGAGGAUGUUUAAGAGGGGCUUAAGGCAGGAUAUCUACAAGCAGGUGGUAGUCCUAAAAAUACAGGAUUUCUUCAAAUUGGUUGAUAGGACAGCUGUGGCAGAGGAGAGUAGUCAAAAGGAUGCAGGGACCCCGAAUUAG